AUGAAGGCCGGCGGCGGGGCCGCAUCCGACCCGGAGAGCGGCGGCAGCGAGAGCAGCUCGGGCAAGUCCCUGCCCGCCGCCGGGGGCCCGGGCAAGCGCAAGCGGAAGAGCCCCCGGCUGGGCGGGCUGAGCAAGCAGCGGCAGGCGGCCAACGCCCGGGAGAGGGACCGGACCCACAGCGUCAACUCCGCCUUCAGCGCGCUCCGCACGCUCAUCCCCACCGAGCCCGCCGACCGCAAGCUCUCCAAGAUCGAGACGCUGCGCCUGGCCGCCAGCUACAUCGCGCACCUGGCCAACGUGCUGCUGCGGCAGCCGCAGGGCGAGGGGGCGGAGCGGCCGUGCCUGCAGUACCAGCCCCGCCUGCAGGGCGGCAGCACCGCGGCGGCGCCCCGGCCCAUCUGCACCUUCUGCCUCAGUAACCAGAGGAAGCUGAACAGAGAAGGGGAGAAACACUUGUCUAUUUAAAGUUUAAGUGGACGUUGAAUCAGAUGAGAAUCUUGCACUGACUGUAGAACUGUUUUAGAUAACUUCUCUUUAUUCACAAUGUUUACACUGAAAUUAUGCAACAGUAAAAACUUUUUAAACUAUAAAAAACCCACUGCUAUGCACUUUGUUUUACAUUGUGACAGGUUGAUUCAGGGUGUUUUGCCAAUGAAACUGAACACUGUGGGGAGAGUUGCACCUGGUGUGGCUGCUAUUUUAAUGCAAGAAAUGUUAACCUAAGCAGCCAAGCCCUGAUCUUGAUGGCUCCUCAACUUAUGUCACAUGAUGAAACUUGAGCUUUGAAACCACACAGCAUCUCCUGUCAAUGGAAGCUGUCAUAACAUGCCAUCCUCUGUGCCUUUAACCAAUAUUGGGCUGUACAGUUGUACACUCAUUUGUGAGAGAGAAAGUGGCAGCUGACAUGUUGCAGGUCUCUGAAAUUACACUGAGAUUAUUUUAAAGGUGCUCACCCAAAAGCCAAGAUACAAUUAAAAGUGAUGUGUGCCUAGCUGUAGGGAGAGCUGCAGUGCAACAGAAUGCCUCAAAGACAGCCAAGAUGGGAGGAGGUCACUAUCCCAGUCAGUACCCAGGAUAGCUGAGAAGUGCUGUGCAAGGGAUGUUUUUUUCAUAAUACGCAGCGUGUGCUGUGCCAGUCCUCUAAAUAGUGUGGUAUCUUUCUAAAUUUGUUCUUGUUAAGCACAGAAUAGGGAGGGUUGCCCCCCAGCUCUCUAAAUUUAUCCAUCAGCUAGAUUAUUCCCAAAUUGUGCCUUUAAACAGUGAUAAACUUACAUCACUGAUGUCAUUUACAAGUUCAUAAACUAUUUGAAAUUGAGUCUAAAAAGCACAGCUCUGUCAUGGUUCCCAAUUUGGGUACCAUGAGAACUGAAAAAGCAUCUAAAAUAUUAAAUCCCCAUAUCCAGGUCAAUUUAUGGUGGAUGGUUUAGAAAAUGGUAAGUUUUACCCACUUUUUGAAUUUGGAUACAAGUUUUAGCUCCCAGUCUCUGUGGGACUUAAGCUUUAAAAAAAAAAUCAGACAUAGCUAGUGAAGCACAGAAUAAUUCCAAGGAGUCAGGGUUAACAGUCCCUAAAUAAGCUGCUCCUGCCCACCUAAACAUUGUAUGUACCUUAAAAAUAUCAGCUGUGUGUGUGUGAUAUACCUCCCCUAUGGUAUUUAAAAGCAAUAGAAGGAGUUGCUGCUUUUGGGGAUAGCAGUGAUUUAUGCCAUCCUGAGAGAGGCUUAUGCUGCACAGAGUAAUUGUCUUCCCACCACUACCAGGUCAUUUCUCCUGGUUGGCCACACCCUCUUGUAGCACUCUGCUGUCAUAUCAAAGCCAAUGUGGUGGAAUCAGGAAAGGUAGACUGUAGCAGUUGAGGUGUUUAUUGUGUAGCUGACUUUCCUUCACCUCGCUCCCCACCCACCACAUACAGAGCAAAUUCUGCAGAUUUUUCCAAUAAACACACCAAAAAAAAACAUAUAGGAGACCUCAUUAAUUGGGUCUUGGACCUUUGAAUUCCUGAUGCUCUUCCCCCCCCCCCCCCAAGCCAUUUUGCAGUGCCACUUUAAGACACAUUCUGUUAUACCUAGAGGAGCUGUAGGAAAUUUCUCCUAGAAGAGGCUGAUCCUACAAAAUACUGAUUCCAAUGGGACUAUUCAUAUUCUUCACGUUGCACACAUGCUUCAGUGCUUUCUGGAGUGAGGUCUGAAUUUCCUACUUUUACUUUGCUGUUAUCUUUACUGCAUCCUUUGCACUCUUUCAGUGUAGUGAUUCAAACCACUGUCAGAUUAACUUUUUUGUUUUGGUGUUGAUCAAUGUUUUCUGUAAAGUGGGAUUUAUUCACAUUUGACUACAUUUUUUAUUUUUGAGUGCAGAUUUCUGCAAAUAUGCCCUCCAAAGUUUUGCUGCUUUUAAAAUGGUUUUAUAAUGGCUUAAACUGGAUGUGUAAAUUUUUUUAAAAUUUACAUUUUUAUAACUUUAAAAGCAGAUCUCUAUUUUAGAUUGCACUGUAGAUUAUCUUGAAACAUAAUUAAACUAUAUCAAAUGUUAGCUUCUUUAACAGGAACAAACAGAUUCACUUAUUAACAGUUGU